CCUGUGUUUCCGUAAACGUGUGUGGAUGGUGGAGUGGAUAAAGUGAGGUGGAAGCCGUGGAAAUAUAACUAGUGGAAGGAUUAGAGGAAUUAGAAGGACCAAUUUUGAGGUACAAGGACGAGUUACCUGUCUGGAUUUACCUUAUUUCCAUACCUGUGUUUGUAUGUACAUGUGUUAGAGUGGAUAAAUUGAAGUGGAAGACAUGGAAAUACAACUAGUGGAAGGAUUAUAGCUUUAGAAUGGCCAUUUGAGGUGCAAGGAUGUUACCUGUGUGUUUACCUGUGUUUCCGUACCUGUGUGUGUGUGUGUGUGGCAUUACGGGUGACACAAGGAAGGCCCAGUUAAUUAAGGUCAUGUGUGGCACCAUAAAUAAUAUCAAGGUGUGUAGGUUAAAGGUCAUGUGUCCAGCCCAGUGGUGAGGCAACAGGGAAGUGGUGGUGGUGGUGGAGGGUCAGUGCCCCAUGAUGCAGGAUGGACACAGACUGCCUGCAGGAAGAGAUUAGUGUUACUCCUGAGAGGACACCAGUGCUAAGCACCAACACAAGACUCAGCAGCAGGGAUGACAAGGAAGAUGCUGUCGGGAUGGACGGCAGCACACGCCAGCAGAGAGGCAUGAAGGAGGCCGAGGGUGGGGGUGGUGACGGUGGGAGUGGUGAUGCCCUCCCAAUAUCCAGGAUAGAGGCAGCAAAACGCUCUCUGGAGAAGGCGAUGAAUGGAGGCAGUGUGAGACGAGGUACUGAUGGGGAGGAGGACGGAGAUUUUCAAGCAUCUGCUGAGAUCAUAAGGCUGAGGAGCUCUAGCCUCACCUCCUCCCCGUCCUCAAGUUUCAAAAGCUCCUACGCUAAGUCGCUAGCAGACUCUUAUAGACGUGCAAGCAUACCGGUCGUUGUGUCGUCUCCAAAGGGGCAGUUUUACUUCAAGAACGAUGAAUUUUUGAGUUUAAGUGCAAGCCCAGUGAUGGGCGUAGAAAGUUACCGAGAAAGGUUGGGCAGUUUGAGUUUGAGUGUGAACGGUGACACCAAGUCAGCGCCGAGUCUGACGUCAAAACUCCAGUCUCUCCCUCCAAUCCUAGACUCAAACGAGGAGCAGCAGGAGACGGAGAACAACAGGAAAAAGUCAGAUUCCAAACCGCUCCCUGCCAGUGUGUAUGAGAAGCUGCUUGACGAGGAAGUGUUUGUGCCGUUUGAGCAGCUUCACCAGUUAUGCGAAGAGCAGGGCGGCAGCUUCUCCCUCAAGGACUGGCACAAGUUGGGCUCCAUCAUCACAAGCGAUGGCAGGAAGCUUGUGAAACUGUCUGAUGUUAAGUUGUUGAAGUCAGACGAGCCCAACAAGACUCCCAAUGGUCACCGCCUGCUGGUCAAUGGGUCAGAGAAGGAGACACAGCAGGUGGAAUCCUUGCUGGUGGAGCGUGGCCAGCUGGGGGACCGAGUGGACCAGCUGUGCCGUGCAUUGGGUGACAGGGACGACACCAUCCAGAGGCUUGAGGAGGACCUGCUCAGGAUUAGGAUGGAGUGCCAGCGUCUCCUGGUGGACAAUCGCAGCCUAAAGAGCAGGCUGGGGCAUCAAGGAGCCAGUCAGCCACAAUCUCCAGUAACAGACAACAGCUCGCAGGUCUCACAGCUCCAGCAACAAGUCCAGCUGAUCACCGCACAGCUGAACAAGGCCGAACAGAGCCGCCACACGUACGAGGCAGCAACGCGGCAGCUGGUGGACUUCCUGCACACCGUCAACACAACCCUCAACAGCGCCAGCCACCUCAACCACAACCCCAGCAGCCCCACCACCAGCCCUGCCUCCUCCCUCCACUCCACCACCAGCACCGCCACCAUCAAGACCUCCUCCACCAUCCCUGCGGAGGCUGACGAUGACCCUCCGUACAGGCUAGGACGAUCCAGCACUCCUCCACCAGAAGCUGUGUCGUCACGUCCUGCUCACGGGAACAAGAGCACUGCGGAGGCCAUGAGGAAGGCUGGGAGUGUCUGGGCUUUGCCGACGCACAACAACAACCACCACUCCCGCAAAGUGAGCCGGGCUGCCAGCACCCACUGUGUGGUGUCUGCUGCAUCAGCGUGCCAAGACAACCCAGCAGCGGCAGGAGCCUCAUCAGGGAGUGAAAAAACGCGUUCCCACACCACCGACUUCCUUGCCUCCCGUGCCAGGGAGCUCCUCACUUCCCUCAAGUCCCUCAUCAGGAGCGACAGUGUUUUGAAGCUUAACUUGGAACCAAAGAAAUCCAGCUCUUCAGCAUCUGGUGGGAAGAACAGAGGCAGCAGCAGCAGGAGCACUAAGGUUGAGAGCACAGCCAGCACGCCCUCAGGCUCCUCGGCAGACACUGAACCAGCCACCAAGACCUCCAUAGCCCUCACAGGCCCACAGAGCAGUGAGGUCCAGAGGAAAACACGACCCACCACCCUCAGCCUACUAGUUAGCAGGGAGGGAGGAGAGAAAAAUGGCUUGACACUGAGUGAAACCGAUGCUAGUCCGACCGGGAGUCAAAACCUCGACUCCGCAAGCACAGCCGCUUCUCCCGUCCCUAGGAUCGGCACCGGCAAGACAAGAGAGGACACGCUACAACCCCAGACGUCUAUUGUGAAUGGUAACCCACAGCCGUUGAGCCUCAUGGUGGUGGCUGACCCCCCAUGCAACCCCAGUGACCAACGUUUCUCUUCCCUUCCACUCCGCACCCGCAUCACAAGAACCCUCACUGACGCAGAUCACCGGCUGGUUUGGGUGUAACCUGGACCACAGGAUGGGUGGUGGUGGUGGUGGUGGUUUCUUCUUCAGCAUGAAUCACAAUGGGCAUUGAUUCACUGGAUGGUCUUAUUUGAAUCUUUUCAUCUAAGAGUCAAGUACACUCAGACACCUUUUCCUUGUCAGCCAAAUUAUUACCAUAAGUGACCCUGUUUCCCACAAAGGCAGAGUGUGGAGUCAGUGAAAUCGCGUGGCCAUUCUGACAGGCGCUCCAAACAACAAGUUACCGAGGGAGCGAGUCCUUAAUAUAAACCUGCAAUAUCACAGAUUUCAUCCCUGUUGAUAUACCCCUCCAUGACACAGUCACAUAGAGAGAUAUGUAGUCUUAUUCAGAGGCUAAUCCCUUUGUCUCAGUGACUUUACUACAAGAACAAAAGAUAAGUUCCUCUACCUAGAUGAGGAUAACCAUUUAGUUCAUCAAGCAGCAACACAGUGCCAUUCUUACCUGUUAGAAGUGGUGUCGGUGUGUACUCGGCUCUUAGUGAUCUCUGUUACUGUAUCCUUGACUAAUAGUUAUGGUAUUUGUUAUUUGGUGACAGCUAAAGUUUUCAAGAUAUUUUGUAUCAAGCCAAGAUUUGGUUUUCAGUGCUUUCAGGACAUUAAUAACCAAAAAUCUAGGGUGCUUAAAGUUUUAAUUUAGUAAAUACUUGUUUAUGAGGGUUUUGUAUCUGAGAACUGCUGUGUUUUCACCAUUAAGAUGGUUACCCCAUCACUUGACAAUCAUAAGUGCUUUCCACAGUAUAAGACAGGGUCUGAGUAAAAAUAUUCAUGUUUUGAAAAGUGAAGUGCACUUAAUUAGUAAUUUUAUGAAUAAAAAAGGUCUGUCAAUAAUCAUCACUUUAGAAUUACUUUGGAUGCAGCAGAACUAGUUUGUUUUAAGACUCAGCACACAGUUCUCUUCAUAAGCUGCAUGACGACCUUUUAUGAAUAUUGGAGGAGAAAUGCUAGUGUCCCAGUGCUCAGAUCAACAAGACAUGCACUGCAUAUUCUUGCCUGGAGGCCUCAGUGGUAGCUAGAAGGGAUCUUGUCUUCAGUUCAUACUCAUUUAUGCAACUUAUAAGUCUCUACUUUGCAAACCUUCCAGAGCAGCUGAUGUCUUCGCUGAUGAUGGUGACUUUUGAACUUCUGUUCAGAAAACUCCCAAUCAUAUAUUUUUGUAGUUUUUAUAUGUGUAGAUACUCUUAAGGAUUUUUCUUAAAAAGAAAUUGUCAUGUGAAUAUGAAGUGAUAGAUUUAUAAACCUAUCUUGCACAACUGUCCCACAGAGUGUCUUGUGGAGAGUUCAUUGAUGCACAACUUACUGUACUGCCAUAUGAUAUUGUGUUAAUGGAUGCAAGGCCAAUGAAAACACUAUCAAAGCCCCAGCUUAGGUCAGCUGAAAUAUAACUACAGCCGAGAUCUGGUUUUGUACACGGAUACCUCAACUUUGGUAACUCUGCCACAGUUGUGUCUCCUCAACACAUAUUGCUAUUGGUGUGUCUGGAGGCUCAGUGCUUGGUGUUCAUUGGCUGUGCACACUUUAGCCUUAAGAAACCGAAACACAGAAUUGUACUGGUCAAUGUAUUGACCAGCAGAAACUAAUUAUAUGAACUAGGAUGCAAAGAUGGAUUCAGCUUCACUUCCUCUUUCUUUAUGAUUUGAAAAAGAAAGAAAGAAAGAAAGGAAAAGGACAGUGAAUGUGCAUUCAUCUUCAUAGCCAUUACCUGCUUUUACACCAAAGAUGUUACCUGUACAGAUUUAAGUAAGGCUUUUUAGUAUGAGCCUGGAGCUGUGUGUGUCAUCUAUUGUCAUAAGGUAACUUUCACUGUAGACCUGCAGCUGCAAAUCUCUUUUUAAGGAAACAGGACAGUGGUCCAGACCAACAUACAAAUAGGGGGCUGGAGAGAUCUGAAGUCCAUUAAUGGAGCUCCAGUAUUAGUCAUUAUCUGGUGUUAAUUACUUUAAGUCCACUUGUAGGUAUAUAGUGUUGUAGUGUGGGGAGGGUCAGCUCUGAGGGACGAGCUCUUAUGUUGGUGUACAGGGCAAGCUUAACAUUUUUUUUUUCCUAUGUGAGUUCUGUUACACUUGGUCUUUGAAUCUCUAAAGGAAUUACUGCUGAGAUUGUGUUGCAUUCUCUGAAAAUCUGAUUUGUUUGGUCAUUGUGUUUUAUUGCAUGAUCUUGCAUAUUGUGAAUGAAAACAUCACAUCUACUAUGUUGAUGUGAAAUUUAGCUAGUGUGUCACUCAUUAGCUUGAAGAACACAUUUUAACCUGCAGAAAGAUGGGCAUUAUUGUACUCUGUUCACAUAAAGAUCACCAGUUGACUCCAGCCACACCAGCCCAACAACCACCAAUAGGAGGACCUUUCCCAACACCCACGACUUACGCAGCCUUGGUUGUGGGGGUGGGGUGUACCUUGUGUGUGGACUGGCUAAUGGUACAGUCAUAAUUGGGAAGGGGGAAGGGUGCGUAUGCAAAGCUAGUGUGAACAGUUUAGCAGGUAUCUGGUAGCUGAAGCAUCUCACCGCAAGCGUAAUCUGCCUUAUGAGACUGAUGUUGUGUUUUCACUAUUACGAAAGUGCUCCAAGCAUGUUUGUAUAGUGUUCAUAGUGGGUGUCUUUUAUACGGCUUGUACUAUACUUGUGUUCUGCUGCUUUCUUGAGAGUACGUAGGUCAAGUAUGUAAGUCCCGCUGAUAGUAUGGAAAAGGGCAUUAGUAUCUGUUUUGACACAGACCACGAGGCUGAUCACGGACAUCACUUGAAAUGGCAUAGUGGACAAGACUUAAGGUGUGUGUGUGUGUGUGUGUUUUUUGGAUGUAGGGCCUUAAUGCAUGAGGGCAAGCAUAUGUGUUGUGUUUAUAGACCAACUGUGGAGUGUUUGAUACGUGUUAAGAUGUCAGUCAAUUUUUUUAUGCAUUCAGUGUCAGUUUUCCUAGUAACUUUUGAUCUGCCAAGUAGCCCUGGCCACUUAACAAGAGAUACUAAGUGUUUAUUAUUACUUAUUAUUUACAGGCAUGUCUAAUAAGUGCAUGACUGAUUUUAGGUGUUUAUUAUUACUUAUCACUUACAGGCAUGUCUAGUAAGUGCAUGACUGUUCUUAGGUGGGUUUUGAGUUGAUAUUACAGCCACCAGUAAACCAAAUUCACAAAGUAUUUCAACAUGGAGGUAAAGAAUGAGCUACAAGCCACCAUUUCUAUGCUUUACAUGAUGUAUAUUGUAUUCAGUAACACUAGAAUCUCGUACAAGUGCUUGGGUAUACCUUAAAGUGCAUGGUUUUAGAAUGUAUCACUGUAUGUUCUUGUGGUAAAGUCGAGCAAGUAAAAAAAAUCAAGGCCAAGUUAGGGAGUUGACUUUCUCAUUUGCUAUUUUUCUUGGGACAAAAUUUAUUCAACCAUUCUUUAGCCUUGCCUUAAUUAUGUCUUUGCCAUGCCUUACCCAUACCUUAACCUUGCCUUAGCCUUGGCAGAAGACCUUCACAAGUAUGUACAGUUGGCACCCUUCAGCUGAGAGUUCUCUUCCGUCCCUAGUGCCUAAUGACAAGUGUGCUAAUGAAUUGCUUUAACUGAAAAUGAUAAGCUUCUGUUUGAUAUGUGUGUAUGUUUUAUUCUAAAAUGAUGCAUUACAUAGCCAGUCCUAUCUGAGGACAAAACUACAAAUCACAUUUCCUUAAGUAACUUGUGAUGUGAAUGUCUUGGUAUGUGUAACACUAUUUUUGGUAUUGAAUGUUACGAUGUUUACCACACAGAAGGGAGUGAGUGACAUUCAGCAUGAACACUGCACACAGGCAUGCCAUUGGGGGGUGUCGGUGUCUCAGGAGGUGUUAUUAGCAUGUUAGCAUCAGUGUCAAGUGCUUGGUGAGGGGGAGAGGCAUUGUGGCAGUGUGGCCAUCAAUCCUGCACCUCCCAUCACCUUCCUGGCACGAAUGUAAGAGUAAGUGUGUGUGUGUGUGUGUGUGUGUGUGUGAAGCUGAAUUAUGAGGCACUCACUCACUCAAUCAAUACCUGUCAUGAGUACCAGGCUUGAUCUACUUCAUGAAAUCUCAGUUGGUGUUCCUCCUCUUAAGACACAUCAGAACUUGUUUGCCCAUUGAUAUCUGUUCUCUGUGAGUGACCCAUAAUUUUUGUAGUGUUGCUAUGCAUAAAAUUGACUCUUUAUAUAAAAUCUCAGUAUUAGCCUUAUCUAUAUUCAGGGGCAUCAAAUGAGUUAGUUAAUUGAUAUGAGUAUAUUGCACUUUGAAACUCAGAUUUUGGGGGUCGUAUUAACUUUGAUCAUUGUGUUUCCAUUCAUUAGCUUGCCCUCAUGACAUUAUUUUGUAGUGUUGUGUUGCUAACCAGAGUGUGAUCUACUAACCUGUGUGUAGUAGCAGAAUUAGUAGUAGUGGUCGUGGUAACAUACGUUCUUUGAAGUGUAUACUAGGAUCAAAGAACACUGAUCCCAGCAUUGACUCAAACUAGUGAUGCCACAAUCAGGUCUUACUAACGUAGGUCCUUCAGCCACCCACCAGCAAAAGGCGAACAUUGGCUCCUUAAUUAUUCUUUUGUAUGCGCGGUGUUGUGGUAGGAUUCAAGUAAGUGGCCAUUCUGGGUCCAUAUUCUUAAACAUAUCAAGCUCCCAUUACCACUAUUUCUCAAGGCCACAAAGAAGAGUACCUGGGUUUUCAUGGAUGUUUUUUCCACUCAAGAUGCAGAAGCCGUGUAAAACUAUCACUAGCAUAUUUUGGGUCCAUAUACUUAAACACAUCAAGUUCCCAUUACCACCAUUUCCCAAGACCACAGAGAAGAGUGUCAGGGUUUUCAUGGCUGUUUUUCCCACUCAAGAUGCAGAAGCCAUUUAAAACUAUCACUAGCAUAUUCUGGCUCCAUAUACUUAAACAUAUCAAGCUUCCAUUACCACCAUUUCCCAAGGCCACAGAGAAGAGUAUCAGGGUUUUCAUGGCUGUUUUUCCCACUCAAGAUGCAGAAACCAUUUAAAAUUAUCACUAGCAUAUUCUGGCUCCAUAUACUUAAACAUAUCAAGCUUCCAUUACCACCAUUUCCCAAGGCCACAGAGAAGAGUAUCAGGGUUUUCAUGGCUGUUUUUCCCACUCAAGAUGCAGAAGCCAUUUAAAACUAUCACUAGCAUAACAAAACAGUCCAUGGAAAUCUGGUACAACUUCCUGACUAGAGGUUUUACAGACAGGGGAACUGAGGUGAAGCUAAAUACGUUAAGAAUGUAUAGAUCCUUACUGCUCUCGUUGGUUGUGUGGCUGAAGGACGUCAGAGUGUGUUCGUGUGUGUUUGGAAGUGUGUGAAGGUUGGAGUGAUGUCUUAACUAACGAGUCUGUCAAUAAGCGGCCCCCGGUGCUGUUUGUGUGUGACUCAUCCCACGCGUUAUAGACUUACUGAGGGACACUUGCACAGUUCGCCUUGAUGGGUCAGUAAGCCUCCAAACCAAUACCAAAGACUUCGAAAAUUCCUUGUGUACUGUUUUGCGUUUAUAUAUUAAGCUAAUAAAUUUGAGGAACCAUACGGGAAGUCUUAAUGUAUCUGUUGUGUUGCGUCGAAAACCUAACCAUUGCGUAGUGUAGAAGAUUAAAUAGUUACUGUGUUGGACUGUGAAAUUGGCUCCAACACCUUGACUUUGUACCCGCCCGAACCAAAACCAAACCAGACAAUCCUAUUCGCUCUAUAAUGGUGAGGUUUUCUACUCACUAUCAGAUACACAAACACGAGAUUUCCCCUGUCCACCCAGCAGUGAAUGGGUACCAGGUAUUAAUCGGGGGUUCUCGUAUAAUUCCUUCCCCUUGUCUCUCUCCGGCAUAUGACCACAGAUGUUGCGCCGACUAAACGAAACUUUCCAACUUUCCCCAGUAUAGUUUUCUCACAUUUCUCAACUUAAAUAUAUGAAAACAAAACAUAUACAUACAAGGAGUUUUCGAAGUCUUUGGUACUGGAAUGGGGAGCUUAAUAACCCAUCAUGGCGAACUGUAGUAAGUGCUCCUAGGCUAUAUAGUUUUGGUGUGCAGUGUGGUGGUAGAAUUGGUCAUGUUUGGACGCAUUGGUGUAGUUACGGGGGUCUUCGGGGGUUGGAAGGCUCAGAAAAGGUGGCCCCUAUAUGAACCUAGGCUAGUGUUGGUGUGCGGUGUGGUGGUAGAAUUGGUCAUGUUUGGACGCAUUGGUGUAGUUACGGGAGUCUUCGGGGGUUGGAGGGGUCAGAAAAGGUGGCCCCUAUAUGAACCCUGGCUAGUGUUGGUGUGCAGUGUAUGUUAGAAUUGGUCAUGUUUGGACGCACUGGUGAUUGAUUGAUUGAUAGUUUAUUGUUGCAAGUAAACAACAAAGGAGAAGGGAGGGGUGUAGCUACAGGGUCUUCGGGGGUUGGGGUGAUUCAGAAAAGGUUGGCCCUAUAUGAAAUGAUGGAAAAUAAUGCAAUAUGGCAAAUCUAGUUAUUCUGUAAGUACGUUUGGUCCCCCUACAGAUAAGUUUUCGGUUCGUAUCCUCAGACGCUUUCGGCUCUCACAAAGGCCUCAGAGGAGAUUAGUUAGGUUUUCAUGAGUGUUUUUUCACGUUCAUGGUGCGAAAGCCUUGUCAAAAACUACAACUACCAUAGGAUCAUAAAAGUAAGCUACACAACUAACUAACACAACCUCUAUGAAAGCCUUAUCAAAUGUGUGUGUGGGUGUGUUAGCCCCGAAAUGGUUUAGAAUCUGGGCUUUUUGAGUGUGAAAGCCCCGGAAUGUUUUAGAAUAUGGUCUUGUGGGCGUGUCAGCCCUAAAAUGUCUUAAGAAAAUGGGUCUUGUGGGUGUGAAUUAAAUCCCUGAAGUGUUUGGUAGUUUGACCCUUUUGUACCAUGAACCUAAAAAACAAGAAACACACAUGAGGACCCAACUGACUUCCACUUCGGCCUUUGAAAACAGUUGAUGUGAGGGGUGGAAGCGUCUGCCUAUACCAAUCAUUGUGUGGGGAUAGGUGGGCGGGGCGGUGGUAUACGUGGUGUUGCCGACUCGGUGUGGCUGAUGGUCUGCACGCCGAGGUCAGGCAUUUCAUAUUCACGCAAGACUCGGCAGGCCCUCACGCGCCUUGGGUUUCUGCACCGCAAAGUCAGGUCAGCUUUAAUUUGAAAGGGGAAAAAAAGGAGGGAAAAAUUGUGUGCCGGGAGGUGCGUGUGUGUGUCCGCGGGAGGCGUCCAAGUCUUGCCAGUAUUCAAGUAACGAAAGCAGUAUUUUUGUAGAGUAUUCGGAAUAAAAACUACAAGAUGAG